UCUAACAGCAGGGGCCAAAUUGAGUCACGACAGGAAUUGUGAUAAGAGAUAACGAACUGAAAUGAUCGCUUGAACGGCUCUGAAAAGACACGACAAAGUGAAGGUUGCAAGGAACUCAUGAAUAUUUAUAUAAUAUGUUCCGCCCAGUGAAAGAAAAUAAUAUAUCCCUACAGAAACUUAAAUAGCACACACUUGCUUAAUCUGAUCGGUGCAGUUCAGGAGCUCUAGAGAUGCAAUGAGCAGUUUAAUAAAAUCUUCUCAUCAUCAUUAAACGCAAGGAUACUUUACAUCAAUAUGAAGAACAGAUUUACAAUAAAUGUGUUGUUUGUAGUAUUUCAUCAUCUAUUUCAUUUGUGCGAUGGAGUGAAGUCAGUGUCAGUGAUGGAGGGAGAUUCUGUCACUUUACACAGUGAUGUUACUGACAUACAGAGCUAUUAUCUGACAUUGUGGAGGUUUGGAGACGAUGGCUUUACCAUAGCUCGAAUCAACAAAGAUAAGAUCAUAUACAGUGAUAUUCCAGCAUUCAGAGACAGAAUGGUGUUGGAUGAUCAGACUGGAUCUCUCACCAUCACAAACAGCAGAAUCAAACACUCUGGACUUUAUAAGAUGGAGAUCAGCAACAGCACAGGCACUUCAGUGAAGAAAUUCCGUCUUAGAGUCUAUGAUUCUCCGCUUUUGAUCGAAGCUGAAAAAGGUGAAUUAAAGACGGUGUCGGUAACAGAGGGAGAUCCUGCCUAUCUGAUGAUGGAAGAUGUUGACACACAGAGAUAUGAUCUGAUAGUGUGGAGGUUUGGAGAUGACGGCAUUCUUAUACUGAAGGGUGACAGAGAAGACAAUAAGACCACAUUUAGUAAUGAGAUAUAUGAAGACAGACUGGAGCUGAACUAUCAGACCGGAUCUCUCACCAUCACAGACGCCAGAAUCACAGACACUGGACUUUAUAAAGUAAAGAUCAGCGGUGACAGAAGAGCCGAAUACUUGAGAUUCAUUCUGACUGUCAGUGCAUCAGGUAUAUCUUCAGGUGGUGUAGCAGGUAUAGUUAUUGUUGUUCUGCUGGUCGUGUCUGGAGCUGUCGGUGUAUUUGUGUUUUUCAUUCACCGCAGAACCUCUGAAAUAAAAAAACAAAAUGAUGUUUUUGUUGAAAAGUCAGUGUCAAUGCAGACGGGAGAUUCUGUCAUUCUAGACACUGGUGUUAAAGAAAUACAGAAAGAUGAUGAGAUAACGUGGAUGUUUAAAGACACAUCUAUAGCUAAAAUAAUAGCAAAUCAAACUAUUGAAAAUAUCGAUGAGCGAUUCAAAGACAAACUGGAGCUGAACCCUCAGACUGGAUCUAUCAUCAUCAAAGACACCAAAACUGAACACACUGGACUUUAUAAAGUAAAGAUGAAACUUCAAGAUGUGACAUCAGCCCAGAUAUUCAGUGUUUCUGCCAGUGAUAAACUGUCUGUGAAUGAAGGAGAUCCUUUCACUUUAAGCUCUGGUCAGACUGAACUGGGAGACAAUGUCAUGAUAUGGAGCUUUAAAGACAAACAUAUAGCUACAGUCAGUGAACAUCAGACACCUGUUUGUUAUGAAGAGAGAUUCAAAGACAGAGUUCAUGUGGAUCCUCAAACUGGAUCUCUGACCGUCACAAACAGCAAAACUAAACACUCUGGACUUUAUCAACUACAGAUCAGCACAGAGAAAUCAGAAAGAAAAUUCACUGUUACUGUCCGUGAGAAAAUUAGGAAGGUGUCAGUGAUGGAGGGAGAAUCAUUCACUCUCAACACUGGAGUUGCUUUCAUACAGAGGCCUGAUAUGAUCAAGUGGAUGUUUAAACACAAGUGUAUAGCUGAACUCAUUGGAAUAAAACCUGCUGCUGCUGCUGUUGUUGUUGAUAAAGAUGAAAGAUUCACAGACAGAUUGGAGCUAGACCAUCAGACUGGAUCUCUCACCGUCACAAACACCAGAACCACAGACUCUGGACUUUACACACUGAAGAUCGACUCUGAGGAUUCAGAAUGGAAAUUCAGUGUCACUGUCAGAGGCCGGCCUCCUUGGGAAAAACGUCCAGAGCAGAAAGAAGUGAAUGAAGGAGAUCCUUUCACUUUAAAUUCUGGUCAGACUGAACUAGGAGACAAUGACAUGACAUGGAGGUUUAAAGACAAACAUAUAGCUACAGUCAGUGAACAUCAGACAUCUGUUUGUGAUGAAGAGAGAUUCAAAGACAGAGUUCAUGUGGAUCCUCAAACUGGAUCUCUGACCGUCACAAACAGCAGAACUGAAGACUCUGGACUUUAUCAACUAGAGAUCAGUGGCAAAAAGAAAUCAAAAAGAAAAUUCGCUGUUAGAGUCCGUGAGAAAAUUAAGAAGGUGUCAGUGAUGGAGGGAGAAUCUUUUACUCUCAACACCCUCACACAGAGGCCUGAAAUGAUCAAGUGGGAGUUAGGACACAGGUGUAUUGCUGAAGUCAUUGGUAUACAACCUGCUGUUAGUGCUGUUGUUGAUGACAGAUUCACAGACAGACUGAAGAUGGACCAUCAGACUGGAUCUCUCACCGUCAAAAACACCAGAACCACAGACUCUGGACUUUACACACUGAAGAUCAACUCUGAGGAUUCAGAAUGGAAAUUCAGUGUCACUGUCAGAGAGAAGAUUAGGAAGGUGUCAGUAAAUGAGGGAGAGUCUUUAACUCUCAACACUGGAGUUGCUUUCAUACAGGGGCCUGAUAUGAUCAAGUGGAUGUUUAAACACAAGUCUAUUGAUGAACUCACUGGAAAAAGACCUUCUGCUGCUGCUGCUGCUGCUCAUGUUGAUGUUUAUAAAGAUGAAAGAUUCACAGACAGACUGGACCUGGACCAUCGGACUGGAUCUCUCACCAUCACAAACACCAGAACCACAGACUCUGGACUUUACACACUUAAGGUCGACUCUGAGGAUUCAGAAUUGAAAUUCAGUGUCACUGUCAGAGAGAACAUUAAGACGGUGUUUCUGAUGGAGGGAGGAUUGUUAUCGAUUAGGACUGGGGAUGUUCUCACACAGAGUCCGGAUAUGAUCAAAUGGUUGUUUGGAGACAUUUGUAUUGCAGAACUCACUGGAAAUACACCUGCUGCUGCUCAUGUUGAUGUUGAUAAAGAUGAAAGAUUCAGAGGCAGACUGAAGCUCGACCAUUAUACUCUCAAAAUCACAAACACCAGUUCCACAGACUCUGGACGCUACACACUGAGGAUGAGAACAGGUGAUUCAGAAAGGAAAUAUAUUGUCAAUGUCAGAGUGCUUUCUAAAGAAAACAAAGGGAAUGAUUCAGAGGCGGCACACAAACAGACUGAAUCACAUCCUUUGUUACCUUUUCAUGUUGUGGAAAAUGAGGAACAUUUUUUACUGAAUGUGAAUCUGAAACCCUGAAUGUGAUGUGAAGUUGAAGUGACUCUGAGAUUCUGUGUUCAUUUGUUCAUAAGUACAGUUUGGUAUCACACAAACAGACUUUGAUUAUAAAGUUUGGUCCACAUUACAGCUUCAUCCAAGAACCGCCCAUUCAAGACAUGUAAACAUCCAACCAGAGUUUACUUAUUUACACAACAUUUACAUUCAUGUGACAAACCUUAAUUGAGCAAAGUGUUCUCUGUGAGUGCUUGUACAGAAAUGACAAGUACCACACUUUGUUUAAAAGAAAUACAGUCCAGAAGUAAUGAGAAAUAACUCUUAAAACAAAGAGGAAUAAUUUUGAUGCCAUGAAGCAAACUGCACAGGGGACCACAGCCCCCUUCGUAAAUGAACAGAAAAAUGUGAUAGUGAGACAUUAACUGGAAAUGUACCCGAUUAAUAAAUCUGUUCACCUGAUGUUAUUUACAGGGGUGAUCUGUUUGUUCUGUCUUCUUUCUGUUUGAUCUUUUCUGUUCUCUAGUGGACAAACAAUAUUCCAGGUUUUCACUCUUCUUAUAAUCUAGAGCUGUUGUAUCAUUAAAGGUGUCUAGUUUUGCCUAAAAGUUCUCUUUUACCUUUAACCAAAUA